AUGAAGACUCGGGACCAAUUAGGACCGGGCAAGCAACAAUCAGUCUCAGAUGUCCUGCCCCGGGGGUAUUGUUUGCCAGAUGGCUGCCUCCAGCAGGGAAAGGAUAUCCAUCCGCAGUCGAAUCUACUUUUGAUGACUAUCUACAAUAUAUGUCCUCUUCAAUAUAAAGCGGAGCCGAAUCUCCACUACAUCGUAGAGAUGAGGAUACAUAAAACCAACCUUACUAACAACUAA